AUGUCACCCGACAGACAUGCACCAACCACUCUUGCAAUAUGCCAAAUCAUUGACAAAAGAUGUUGCUCUGAGUAUGGAGAUGGUGGAUCACUUGGGCCAUCAUCAUCAUCAUCGUCUGACGACACCGUGGGUGAUGUCGUUGAGCUGGCUGCCGUCCUGUUUGUUCUGGUCGACGAAGCGAUGGUCGUUGGCCUUCUCCUGAUCGGCGCGCGCGCGCUGGUCGUUGGCCUGGUGGUCGAGACCCUGUUGGACGAGACUCUGGUGGACGAGGCGAUGGUGGACGAGACCCUGUUGGACGAGACUCUGGUGGACGAGACUCUGGUGGACGAGGCGCUGGUGGACAAGGCGCUGGUGGACAAGGCGAUGGUGGACGAGGCGAUGGUGGACGAGGCGAUGGUGGACGAGUCGCUGGUGGACAAGGCGCUGGUGGACAAGGCGAUGGUGGACGAGUCGCUGGAUGAGGCGAUGGUCGACUCCGUCUCCAUCAAUUCAUUGUGUAUGCUUGGCAUUGGCAUACUGAUCAAAGGCGAACCACUGGUAGCACUGACCGAUGAACUAGAUGUGACAAUUGACUCGCUGGGUGUAGUUGACACCAAUGCGCUUUGCUGCCGUUGUUGUUUGGCCAUCCUCUUUCGACAUAUGAUGCAAUCAAAUCCCAUAGCAGCACAGUGGUGUGUAGUCUUGGAAGAAUGA